GGGGCGGCAGGAUGAGCUGCCCGGCCGGCAGCAUGAGCCCGGGAUCACCCCUUCCUCCGGCCCCCCGAAGCGCGGUGGCAUAACCCACCGCACCCACCGCAUCACCGGGGAUGGAGCAGUUUGUCAGGAAGCGCUUGAGCUUCCUGACAUCCUUCUGGAACAAGCUCCGUCCCCGUGCCGUGACGGAGAGCUGCUCCCUGGGGUAUCUUGGUUCUGAUUCCGUUUCGCUGCACUCGGAGCCGAACUCCAUUUCCUUCAUCCCCAAGUCUUCUCUCUGUAUCGCUUUAUACGCUUUCACAGCCCGGAGCUCCGAGGAACUGAGCGUAAGCGCAGGGGACAAACUGCGUGUCCUCAGAGAAGAGGGGGAGUAUGUGUUAGCCCGGAGGCUUCUGGGGGAGCCGGCCAUGGGCUACGUCCCUGCUGCCUACGUGGCCAACCUCAGCCAGGGCACCUCAGCUCACCGCCCCUGGUACUUCAGCAGGAUUAGCCGAAACGAAGCGGAACAGCUCCUCCUCUCGCCUCCCAACCAGCACGGCUCCUUCCUUGUCCGGGACAGUGAGAGCAGCAAGGGCGAAUACUCUCUCUCAGUGCGCAACCACACCAAGGUCAGCCACUUCCGAAUCUGCAAGAGCCCCAGGGGCAGCCUCUACAUCCAGAAGGGACACCCCUUCCCCAACAUGGAGGAGCUCCUCGCCUUCUACAUGGAGCACUGGAAGGUCAUCCAGAGCCCUUUGCUGCAGCCCUGCAGCCCCGCGACCCCCCCUGAGAGGGAUGGCUGGGAGCGCCCGCGCUGGGAGUUCACCCUGCGGAGGAAGCUGGGAGAGGGCUACUUUGGAGAGGUGUGGGAAGGGCUGUGGAGGAACACGGUGCCAGUGGCCAUCAAGAUCAUAAAAGCUGACAUGAAAGCAGAAGACUUCACCAAGGAGAUUCAGAACCUGAAGCGCCUGAGGCAUGAGAAGCUGAUCCAGCUGCAUGCUGUCUGCUCGCUGGAUGAGCCCGUGUACAUCAUCACUGAGCUCAUGCGCAAAGGCAACCUCCACAGCUACCUCAACAGUCCUGAAGGGAAGUCCCUGGGCACCUCCCACCUGCUCAACAUCGCCUGCCAAGUGGCAGAUGGGAUGAGGUACCUGGAGGAGAAGCACAUUGUCCACCGGGAUCUGGCAGCCCGAAACAUCCUGGUGGGAGAGGAACUCACCUGCAAAAUUGCUGAUUUUGGACUUGCCCGGCUCCUCAAGGAUGACAUUUAUUCCACCAGCAGCAGCACUAAAAUCCCGGUGAAGUGGACAGCCCCAGAGGCAGCCAACUACCGCACCUACUCCCUCAAGUCCGAUGUCUGGUCCUACGGGAUUCUGCUCUAUGAAGUCUUCACCUAUGGACAGAUCCCGUAUGAAGGGAUGACAAACCAAGAAACUGUACGGCAAAUCACCAGGGGCUACCGCCUUCCCCGGCCCAGCUCCUGCCCUCCUGAGAUCUACAGCAUCAUGCUGGAAUGCUGGAGUGGGAACACAGAGGAGCGUCCCACCUUCCUGGCCCUGCGGGAGAAGCUGGGCUUUAUUUACAGAAGGCUGCUCAGCUCCCUCUCCUGAGGGACCCCUUCCCACCAUCCUUCCUGCACAAGACCCUCCAGGCCAGCUCUUGCCAAGAAGUUCCUUUCUGCUAGUUUGCCCUUUGACAGGGCUACAAGGAAAGCACAUCCCCCCCAAAAACAGUCCAUGGUCCCUCGCAGUCAGGAUGCAGGGAGGUGGCAAAGGGAAAAGGCAAUGACUUGUGGAGAACUCGUUGCCAGCACUUGGCUGUGUAGCAGUCUGGAGAAACCCCAUGGUAGCAGAGGCAUCACCCAGAGUUUACAUCUUCAUUCAGCCAGUAGGGUGGGAGGUCCCUGCCACUCCCCACACCAACAUGAAGGUUUGCAGUUCAUGUUCAGCUGUGGCUCCGCUUGAUUUUUCUUGUAGUGUGUGUCCAGUGUAUUUAUCAAUAAAUGUGUGUGCAUCCAUCCGUGGGAGUCCUCACAGGGCACUGCUGGAUGCUCUGU